AUGGUUGACGUGGUCAACAGGAGGUGCCGCCAUCCGGGGUGCACAAAGCGGCCAUCGUUUGGACAAGACGGCAGCAAGAAGCAGGAGUUCUGUGCCCAGCACGCACACCAGGGCAUGGUCGAUAUCGUGAGCAAGAGGUGCGCCCGUCCAGGAUGCAUGAAGCAGCCAAGGUUCGGAAACGAGGGCAGCAAGAAGCCGGAGUUUUGUGCCCAGCACGCACCGCAGGACAUGGUCGAUGUCCUGAGCAAGAGGUGCGCCCAUCCGGGGUGCACGAAGGGGUACAUCCGGCAGCAGCAAGAAGGAGUUCUGUGCCCAACACGCACAAGCGGGCAUGUUUCAUGCUCGUACUAAGCAGUGCGCCCAUCUAGGGUGAAGAACGCGGUCGUAGUAUGGUAAAGGCGGCAGCAAGAAGGCGGAGUUCUGCUCUCAGCAAGCCCAUCAACGCAUGGUCGAUGUCGUGAACAAGAGGUGCGGCCUUCCGGUGUCCACGAAGGUUCCAUCACAUAGUACAGCCGGCAGCAACAAGAUGGAGUUCUGUGCCCAGCACGCGCAAGAGGGCAUGGUUCAUGUUCGUAGGAAGAAGUGCACAACCCGUCCCGGUUGCACAACGCGGCCGUACUAUGGUAGAGCGGGCAGCAACACGCCGGAGUUGUGUGCCCAGCACGCACAGCAGGACAUGGUCAAUGUCUUGAACAAGAGUUGCGUUAAUCCAGCGUGCAUGAAGCAGCCAACGUUCGGAAACGACGGCAGCAAGAAGCGGGAGCUCCGCGCUCAACACGGCGAGGGAGGAAUCAUAAAAGUGCAGCGUGCGCGACGCCAGGAGUAGUUGUACGACGUAUUGCCGCAUGUGUGGUCUCGUGCGGUCCCGAAAGGUCGUUGUGUGGGGUACAUUGUGAUUGGCCCCGCUACGGGGGUGGUUCGUCCCCCAUGGAUAUCGAGGGCGAAGGUGUCGGAGGUGAAGGGAAGGCGACGAUAUGGGAGAAGGAGCCUCGAUCCGCGGAGGCGCUAGUCAGAAAUAGUGACGCGGGCGAACGCUCGGAAGGAGGCGCAGUGAGAAGAACCAGGGGAGCGAAGGAGCCGUCAUCGGCCACAGCCCCUGCUGCUGCAGCCGCGGUCUCUGGCAAGGAGGCGGCGUCUCCGAUGGAUGUCGACGGAGAGAAAGACGGUGAAAAGAAUAGCAAGGCCUAAGGCGCCACCGCUUAGGCUUUGCCUGUAUCUCCACCAAAGGCUUAACACAGCCUAGGGGCAAUACUGGUAGAAGAUGUACCGGGACAACACGAUUAACUUGUGUGCGAAAAGUUGGAUGGAUCUCAACGA